GGAGCGUCCAGUCUGUCACUUUCCGCAGCUCUUCUUUUGCAUAUAUGCGACUCACACUAUACAAGAGCGUUCGUCCGUCGAGGACGUUCGCAGUUAUCUUGACAAAACCCAAUGGCGUCCUCUUCACCGGCCGCUGAAACCUCGCCUGCAACGAAUGGCACCUCUGAUCCCGAACUCGAGGUCUCCAAACUGCAUGCCCUUCCAACCGAACAACAAGACCUCUUUUUGCUGACCUUCGUCUCCGAUCUGCACCGACAUGUCGAAGUCUUGUCCGCCGAUGCGCUGCCGGCGCAUCAGGCGUCGAUCAAGAAGGAAGUCAUCAAAAUUGUCGGACUGGGUGCCCCAGUGCCAUCACGUGUGAUUCGGAAUACCCUUGGCAUGAUACUGGCAGAUGCUUUCGGACGAGGGAGUCGGAGUCUAUUGUACGAAACUAUCAACGACCUAGUGGGAAUACUGAACACUGGAAAGAGUGAUAAGGAGGUCGGUGCGAAACAUGCGGCUGCGGUUUGCCUGGGUGCGGUGUUUCGCUCUGCUGGGGAUAGUGCCAUCAGUCUGUCUGGUCUUGUGGUUGCGAGUUUGCUCAAACUGUCCAAAACAUCACACACGGGAGCGCGUGGCUGUGUUUUCAGGGCCCUGGGUGCGUUGGUGGUCGGUAUUCAGAACAGUCUGGACGAAAGCGUGGCUCGAGAUAUUUGGAAGCAGGCGCGAAAUGCUGCAGCAAACGACAAAUCGUCCUUCGUCCAAAGAUGUGCAUGCUUGUGCUUGCGCAGUUUGGUCACUGAAACGACCUAUUUCAACAACUCCAGCGACUUUGACAACCUCAAGAACAGCCUCUGGAAGGCCAUUGACAGCUCGAUAUCUUCCGUGAGGCAUUCAGCCGCAGCAGCAAUGGCUGGUGGCCUGAAGCAUGCAUUUUCUGAAAGCGGCAAUACAGAAGUACCGGUGAUUCGAAAGCCCAAAAAGUCAAAGAAGCCUGGUGCAGACUUGGACGAGGAAGCAGAACAGGAACGCUCGGGGUCGCCAACGCCAGGUCAAGGAAAAUCUUCGGUACAGUUGACGAUGUCACUGAAUGAAAUCCUAAGAAUGCUGUCGAACCAAUACUGCAAAGCUUCUACCACCAACCGAGCACGUGCAGGAAUUGCCAUGUGUUACAAAUAUCUAUUUUGCCUGCUGCCGCGAAAGACACUGGAAGAGAAAUACGGUUUCAUUGCGGUGCAUACAUAUGGCGAUCUGCUCAACCAUCCUACAAUUUCAGCCAACCGAUACAGACUGCUACUAACUCGAAAGCUCGUCCACUGGAUUCUCACAAGUGUGACAGGUCUUUUGACCGAGAAUGCUCAGAUCAAUGCGGCACGAUAUUUGAUCAAUGACGUUCUCAAGGACUACCCACAAGUCAUGCCGGAGCGAAAGGAGCCGUCGAAACGGAUAUUGACAGGAGCUCUGUCGACGUUGACGGAUCUGCUCCAAAGGCUCGGGCCCGCAGCCAACGUAUUCCAAGACUCCUGCAGAGAAGCACUCUUCCAGGUUGUGCAGCACCAAAGUCAUACGGUUCAGAGUCAUGCCAUGCAGUGCUUUAAAGCUUUCGUUCUCGCAUGCCCAAGCCAGCUGGUCCGCAGCAUUGAACAUGCCAUGUCACAACUACAGAAAGAAUUUCAGCCAUCAUCCGAAGUAAAACAUCCUCACCGCAGAUCUCCCGGGUAUGCUUCAGCUAUUGCCGUUAUGAUUGCUUGCGCCCGUCAGAAGCCUCUCUAUGGGUCUAUUCAGAUUUAUUCCAAUGUUUUCAUUUUCGCUACAGACCUGCUAAAGUCAAGUGCCGCCGCCGAAUUGCGACUCUCGGCGAUGCAGGUUCAGGUCGCUUGGACACUGAUUGGCGGCGUUACGAGUCUGGGACCAAGCUUUGUCAAAGUACAUCUGAACCAACUGAUGCUCCUGUGGAGAAACGCGCUCCCUCCACCGCUCACUCACGAAAAUGCUACCAAAAGAGGACAUCUGGAGUUGAGCUUUCUGUCACAUGUUCGGGAGUGCGCCCUUAGUGCUCUACUUUUGUUUCUGUCGUCAUGCAGCAGCCUAGUCACCACAGAUGGAUCUAAACGCAUCUCCACAAUGCUUCAUAACACAAUCCUCUUCCUGGAGAGCCUUCCUCCCGCUCGAGAAGCAGAAGAUAUCUCUCAUCGGCUGGUACCUGCGCUUCAGCUGCAAGAUCUUGCUAUCUUACUGCGCCGCCGAGUCCUUCAAUGUUUCACCGCAUUAGCAGGCUUGAAGCAUCUAGAUCAAAGUGAGGUCGUGUCACACUCAGACUUGAUUGGUCUCACUAUGCGAACAUUCACAGAUCCUGAGCGGCCAAUCAUGAAAAACUUGGAAGCUUCGUUGGCCAACGCCGCAAGCAAUUUCGAAGGGCUGUGGACUACUGGUGAUAAUUGGGGGUUCGGUGUGACCAGUCUCGCGGAGAGCUUUGACACCUACCUGCCAUUUGAAACUCAUCUACAGAUGAAUCCCGAGACUUCACCUGAGCAGGAAGUCUCGCUAGCCGAUCUUUCGAUACAAUGUCCGGCGUUGUCAGCAGUCGAACACGAUCCUGUUUUGGUUUUCAGGCAAGGCUCUGAACCGCAAGAGGCUGAACUAAGUUCACCUGCGACAUCUUGCGUCAACCUUGCUAUUAAGCUCUUCGCUAUAUCGCUGCCCCUGCAAUCACCCCGCGUUCAGGAGAGUACGGUCGAACAGCUGAUUACUGCAGUGUCUCAGCCGCUGCAGCGUGAACCCGGCAGAAAAGCAGCGAUGCAAGUCAAUUCUGCUGUGGCUUUCCUAUGCGCUUUAGCUGUUGCGAACAGAGAGACCCCUUACCUCUCUGGGAAGUUGAACGUCGAUGCUAUUGGACAAGUCAUUGUCGAGCUUCUCGGCAAAUACGUCUGCAACCCAGAUCACGUCUUGCGCCACAUCGCUGCUCGUGCGAUAGGUCGACUGUGCAACCUUGCUGGAACCCAAUUCACCAACAGGGAAGUCAAAUAUCUCAUUGACACGAUAGUGGCCAAUCGUGACCCUAACGCUCGUGCUGGGUGUGCUCUGGCUCUUGGCUAUAUCCACUCAGAAGUCGGUGCAAUGGCCGCCGGUCUGCACAUGAAAUCCAUAGUAGGAGUUUUACUCUCGUUAUGCAGUGACAGCCAUACCACGGUACAUUUCUGGGCCCUCAGAGGCUUGUUGCAGGUUGCCGAGUCUGCUGGGCUGUCAUUUUCAACUUACGCGACGAGUACCCUAGGACUGCUAGCACAGCUCUACUCGAAUGACACACACAACGAGGAAUCUGCGUCUCAGGCAACGUCAAAUAUUGAACUCGAGCUCUUCACUCCCUGGGCACUAGCUCAAUGUGUUGACAGCAUCAUCAACGUCCUGGGACCUGAUUUGCAGGACGUCUCGAAAGCCCGCAACCUGAUACUGAUCUUGAUUGGAUAUUUGCAGAAAGAGGCUUCACCGCGACUGCGGUAUGAGAGUUGUCAGUGCCUGCGCCACCUUACAAUGUAUGCACCGGCUCAUGUGCAAUUUUCGAAAUAUGUGCUGGACUUGCAAGCAGCCCUUUCAUCCGAGGAAGACUUACUGCAGUCUGCGUCCAUCAAAGGUCUUGGUGAAUUGAUGAAGAGAAAUGCAUCCGAGGUAGCGCGAGUCGCCACUUCCAAAUUGAGUGAUGACUUCUGGUCACGUUUGGAUGACAACCCUCAUGAUCAAGCGGUGCAGGCAAUGUUGCAAAACUGGAUGCAGCAGACAAUCCUGCUCGAUACAUCUGAAUGGAUCGACAAGUGCCAGAGUAUACUUUCGCGCACUCGGGCAAAGAACCUGCCGCCACGCACCGCCACUGCCACCGCGAAAACUGCCAUGCCAGACUUAGCAGAUGAAGAAGUAGCUGGCUUCGCCGCGGCUGCGGCCGCUGCUCACGGAGAGACUGCCGAGGUCGCUGCUGAGGGUCAAGAAUUCCUGCGCUGGCAAACCCGUGACUUUGCUAUGCGUCUCCUCAGCGAGUCCAUGGACAUCAUCCAAUCCUCCAUGUCGGCAGAUCGAGUUAUCCAUGCUGAAGAAGUCCUGCAAGCCAAGGUCGCCGAGGUAGUUCGGGUUGCGUUCUCAGCAUCGACAGCAAAUGUUGUGGAGCUUCGUAUUUGGGGACUACGGAUCAUCGAUCAGAUCUUGAAGCUCUUUGGAAAGACACCAGACCCUGAUUUCCUCGAAGCGUCACUUCUUGAGCAGUACCAAGCACAGAUCAGCUCUGCUCUGACCCCAGCGUUCGCGGCUGAUUCAUCACCUGAGCUGGCAGCGGAAGCAAUUGGCGUAUGUGCCACAUUCGUAGCCACUGGUAUUGUCACCAAUGCAGACCGUAUGGGACGUAUAUUCAAGGUGCUCUCAAUGGGUGUCGAUAAUCUCACUCAAUCUACCCCGGAAGCUGCAAUCGGCGAUCUCAAGAAUCUGAGUCCCAGUGCACAAGCGAUGCUGAAGAUGGGCAUUUUGUCCGGCUGGGCGCAAUUGCAGAUAGCUAGUCAUGAACAGCCCUACCUGGAAGAGAUCCUCCAGCCAUUCAUCCCGAAGCUAGCCCCUCUCUGGUUGACCUCGCUUCAAGAAUUUGCCAGUCUUCGCUUCGAGCCGGAAAUUUCGGAUACUUUGGGCGGUGAGAUUGCUGGUGGGAAUCUCGAUGAACGAUACGCUUCCUUUAAUCGCGAAGUCCGUCUCCAGUUCUACCAGAAGAACUGGCUCAGCAUCGUGGAUGCCAUUGCCGUUCUUGUGGAAAGAGAUAGCGAGUCAGUGUUCGACGCCCUCGAUAACAAACGUGCAUCAGCCGUCGACGGGUCUGCAGACGAGACCGCGAUCCAAGGCAGGGACAUGAGUUUCCGAGAGGAACCUGUCGCAUUCUUUUUCAUCCUCUUCGGUCUGGCCUUCGAGGCAUUGGUGACGCAAACUCGAGAAGACCCGUCUCAAGCAUUUUCUAUUCUUCAGGCCUUGAAGAAGAUUUUGACACCUGAGGUCUGCGGGAACGCCAUUUACGAGGAAGCAGUAUUCGGGGAGACCACCGAUACACUGGACAGACUGGCUCUCACAAGCAGCAGGGAGACGCAGAGCGUCCUCGUUGAAAUAGCUAGGAAUCUCUCGAUCGAUCAUAUGACAGCCAAAAGCCAAGACCGCGAUGAGAAGCUCUCCGACGACAUUGAGCAGCUUUUUGAAUUGACAAGAAUCAUCAUCUUGGUGUUGACCGGUUUGAUACCCACUCUCGAGGAUCCGCCUGGGCCCGCUGUCCGACGACUUGAGGAGGACGGUGUUGCUCUUGUUCAGUUGUCUUUCCAGGCCUUGGUCGAUGUCGCCUCAGUGUUCCCUUCGAUUAUCCGUGCAGACCUCCACGCUUGCAUCUUCUACAGUUAUUGCACCAUUCUUGCGACCGGAAUAUGCCAAGACGAAGUCAUACCACGUAUCAUGCCAGUCUUCAAGGCGUUCUUGCACGAUGUUGUGCGGUCAGCUACUGACGAAAUAGCCUCGAGGCUAGUUCGCGGAUGCUUGCACCGGAUGUUGACAAUCUUGACUGUUGCUCAGCGCCGGGAGAAUGAACACGCAAUUGUAUGUGCCAAGAAUACAUUGCUGUCGAUCACAGUCUUGAUCACCACAGCCAGUUCCGCGAUUCCAGCCGACGAUGAGCUCGUCGAGAGAGCGUUGUCCGAAUUGCUGGACUGCCUUCGAGACGUAGGACUUGCCAAGAUCGCAGCAGGUUGUAUAAGGUCUCUGCUGGUGACAAACCCUAAAACUGCUUGUGAAGAAUACAUUGGGAGAACCAUUUGGGCCCGGCUUGUCCCGUUUGUGACUGACCCGGAAGCGGAAGAUCCAGAGAAGGUCAAAGUCCCUUUGACUCAGGCUUUGGUGGCGUCAGUGGUGACGCUUGAAGGCUCUGGACGCUUUGCUGCGAUGUCGAUCCUUGUGCCAGUGCUGUUACUUCGUGCCAAACAAGUGCCGCAGGAGAGCAACUCUGAAUCAGUGAGAAAGGAGAAUGCUGCAAGACUGUUGGAGCUGGUAGCCGCAGAUCCAAUGGCUUUCAAGGUGGCUGUCGGUAUGUUGGACGAGGAGCAGCGGACUGCUCUGGAAGGGCUGUUGAAAGCUGCUGGAGUUGGUAGGAAACAAGACCCGACUUCGGCGGAGAAUGUAGAGUCAAAACCUGCUAUAGAGCUGAGGAUGGAUUUUGGGUAAGAGGAGGAGAUAGUGAAGUGGUUGUGGGAUAUAGACCCAUAGGCCGCUACAAGAAUCAAC